CGCGUCCUUUAGGAGAUGCAGGAGAGUGGGAUUGCAUCUCAUGUUUUUCUUCCACAUUAGGGACCAUUAAAGUCCAAUUGCCAUGCCAGAACCAACAAGCUUGAUUACGGAUAAUUGACGUCAAAAGACGCAUUGCAUAUGGAACACACAGAACAUCACGGUUACCAAAACGAAGAGUGAGUGAUAUUCUGUUCUACUCUAAUACCUGUCCAGGAGCGAAAGGUGCUCUCCUUCUCCCUCUCUUCUUCUGAGGUCCUCCCUGCUUCUCUUCUCAGGUCUUUCCUGGCCCGGAUAUUUUUGUUGUCCUUUUUCCAAAAUAUAACGGACCACAAGUUGUUCUGAACUGGCCUAAUCCUGAAAGUAACUUGUUCAUUAGAGCCAGAUGUGAUUCUUAGAACGAGACCUCUUUCUUUCUCUCUUUCUUUCUCUCUCUCUCUCUCUCUCUCUCUCUCUCUCUCCCACUCACUACCCUAUCUUUCUGAUUCUCCUGCUGUCGUGUUGACCUCAUAUGGCCUCUAAGAGGAAAAGAAAAGAUUUCGCCGGAAUUGGGUUGGCUGCAAAUCCAAAGUACUUAGUGUUUACGUGCUCUUAAUUCUUAUCUGAGAAUGACAAAUUCUCAGAUGAGCGGACAAGUGCGACCCAGAGGGUCGGGAGUUGGGUUCCAAGAAGUGCCAAGAAGGACCGAUGACCCACAAGGUCUCAACAAGUUGAUGGCCUCAGAGGCCGCAAUCGGUGCCCAAGUAAGCUUUUAUCGAGGACAGAGGCCAAAGACGACAAACAAGACGAGCACAAUGAGGAUGAUCCCGAGCUCAAAGCAGAUGUUCACAUCGAGAAUACUGCCGAUUGAUUGGAAAAUGAUUGCUGGGGUCGAUAUCGACAAAAUCUUGGGUGGAGGGUGGAACGAGUGUGAGUCUCUUCAACGGGUCCUGCCCAGUGUGACCUUCAGUUCAUUGGCUGACGAAUUUCCCGAAAGCCCUUUACCCGAUGGGGUCGUGAAAAUUCAGCGUCUGGCUCAGCUGAUCAUACAGUAUUUGUUACAUUCUCAGGAUCGGCUGACCGAUGCCGUCGAGAUGCUUCAAAAGACCAACGAGACUCUGAGGAAGGAGCAUCACAAAUUGGAAAGGAAAACGCAAGAAGCUGAACAAGAAAUCAAGAGCAUGCGGGUGGAAUGCAAAAAGCGACGCAAAAUGAUUGAGAUCCAACAAAACUGUCUUCUCAAUCGCAAAGACCCGACCUCUUUUGAGAAAUGUGGUCUCUGCCCGAAAACCUUCAUCAAUCGGAGUUAUUUGGAUUCGCAUCUCCAAAGACGUCAUGGAAAUCAAAGUUCCGUGCCGCCAACUUUGUUCCCUCAAGGACAAACGCAAAGAGACGACAGAAGCACAAAAGAAACUGGGAAAAUCGACUUCAUUGCGUCUUCAACGACAAUGGCAGCCUCCCAUUCUCGUCAGGGGGCCCCUUCAGAUUCAAAGGAUGGAGAAUUUGGCCGAGUGUUGAUUGAGGAGAACCAACGGUUGAAAAAAGUGGUCGAAAAACUUCAGUCAGAAAUUGAUGAAUUGGCUAAAACCAGAGGCGCGGAUCAAAUGGCAGCUCUUGAUGAAAUCAAACUGAUAAUGAAGAAACAGGAGAUGGAGAUUGAACUUCUGCGAAAAGAAAACAAUUCAGACAAGAAGGAACAGACGACGGCGACGACGACGACAACCACAGCGGGUUUAUCCUCCUCCUCCUCAUCAAACUUAGACCAGGAACCGGGCAAGUUGGCAAGUCAAGAGCGUUUUUGGCAAGCCCGCCUGGAGUCAAUAGUUCAGAAACAUAAUGAGGAGAUGGAAAGGAUUCAACGUGAAUUGGACACCAUGCAAAUAGCUGCCAAACAAGCCAAGGAGCAAUUGGAGCACCAUUUGGAAGCAACUCAGAGAUGCUCACGUCAGGACGAGCAAAAGCCGCAUGGUCCACAAAAGGACAAAGAAGAUGAAGACGAAAAGUCAAGACAGACAUUAAGCAAGGCAGAUCCUCUACAAACUCGAUCAUCUGGAGAAGCCGGGGAGGAUGGGGCCCAUUUAGCCGCUUCAUUGCUUCCAAGUCAUCCCUCUCCCGUGGUCGGUUUUUCUGCUCCUUCGUCCUCCCUGUCAUCCUCACCGUUCCCCUCAAGAAAGAUCACCCAAGGAACAGGCCAUUUAGAGCGACCGGUUUCAAGUCAAGAGCCUCAACUCGAUAGUCGUGGUGGUGGUGGUGGUGGUGGCCUACGUAGUCGUCUUCAUUUGGGGAACCUCCAGCCUCAGCCCAGAACGACCAAUGCCACCGCCAUUGGCGCACCAACGCAAAGACCAAGACCCAGCUGCUCAUCAGUGGACGGCGGCCCAAGCCCAAGGGGACCUCUCUCGAGCAGGACAGGUCGAAAUCACGCACAGACCAUGGACGAGAGGGAAGAAUGUCAAGAUCCAAACAAUGGAGAUGGGGAAUUGGUCCAGAUUCUUGGUCGCAACCGGAGUGGAGGUCGCCCGGUUCCAGGGGACAAAUCCGAGAGCACCAACCACCACCAUGAUCGCCGCGACCGCCCCCCAAAUGGCUCUCAAACCCCACAAAUCGAGGAGGGCAAGCGGCAGACCAAUCGGGAGACCAAUGGAAUGGCAAAACAAGUGGAAUGGGUGAAUGGGCGAAAUUUGGCGCCAUUUCCAGUUGAGUCCGCCUGGGGGCAAAAACAAACGAGAGGGCCUCCUCUUGAAAUGCCUCGCAUUGAACCACAAGUUGAUGGGAAGAACAAUAGCUAUGAAAAUGUAUUCAAGAGAGAUCAUCUGAAUGGCCAAAGGAACGGAGAGCAGAGAUCGAAUCUUCUGGACCAUGAAUAUGCUUCAAUGAGGAGUUUGUGGGCCAGUUCACAAGAAAUUUGCCGCAGCAUUAGUGAGUUGGCCGAAGAGAAUCCGAGUUUUUUGAAGAAAUACAGGCGAAACGCCCGUUUUGACUUGGAUGUGACCUUGGAAGAACUUGGCCUUGACCCUCAAAGGACGCGCAUCUCGAAUUCGGAACUGGAGGUGCUUCUCAAUGAAAGGAAGAAGGAGCUGAAACAAUCCAGUGCGGUGAAGUCCACGAGAAAGAAGUGCAAAGUGGAAUUGAAUGGGCUGAUCCAAAGAUCUGGAAUUGGUUCUCUACCGGCCAGGAACUCGGUGGCCACGUCUUCAUUUGAGAUCCGUUUGGGUAAAAAUCUCAACUCUGCCAAGAACCAAGUCAUCAAGACCUGGAGAAAUGCUCUUAGAACCAAGGAAAGCCAAGCGGAAACCACUCAAAUUUCCUCCUUCAACACGACGAAAUCUUCUUUACCCUCUGGUAGCCAAAGUGCAACCACAGACAGGCUUUUGAAAGGGACAGAUCGGGCUCUGAAUUCCAAGGGCCCAAUCGGAGUGGAAACCCACCCGGAAGAUUGCUUAUUUAAGAGCAAACCAUUGCCAAAUAUUUACUGUGAUGAUCCCAAAAUGAAACAAGAUCACCACACAGUCCUGGAACCGCCUGUUAAGGACAAUCUAGAGGCUCCGAUUCCGGCGCCAAGACGAUCGAAAUCGCCCAAAGAGAGCUCAAAAGCCAACUCCGAGAUCAGUUCGAUUACUCAUGCAGAUGUAGUCCACGACUUCAAUAGCGAUAUUUCCGAGGAGGAUCAUCUUGAGCAGGAACAGAGUAGUGCUUGGCAAGAUCGCAAUGCGGAACCCAGCGACACAGAGGAGGACCAUUCCUUUAAUUGGGAUUCAGAAACCAGCCGAGCCAUUGGUAAUUCAAUUGCUCUGGCCGAGGUUCAUGAUCCCCAAGAUGUGACAUCGGCGUUCCAAUCCAUUGAGGAUCUCGAAGGUUUAUCGAGCGUGGAAGAGGAGCUCCUUCACGAGAUUGAUGCGUCAAAAAUCAAGUUAAAAAAGCCGCCGCCUGGAUCGAGGAUUGAUAUGCUCAAAAACACUAUCGAACAACAGCUCCGAAAUCGGACCCAGGGACCAAGUGGAGGAGUGGAUUUGGCAGUGGAAAAUUCAAAAGCUGAAAGCGAUGAGGUUAUGGAACUUUCGUUGAGCCCAGAACCAAUAUCUCUGGCCCAACGGGCUGAUCCCAAAAGCUCAUCCCGCCAUCGUUUAACGACUCAGCCAACCGCGACCAGUUCAUGGGAUUCGGAUUGAGUUUCUGCUCUCUGUAUCACCUACUUGCCAAUCUUCAUUUGAAAAUGUCUUGCUCAUGAAUUUUCCAUUUCGUUCAAAUCCGGACAAAUGUCUUUUUUAUGAGGUUAAAACUCGUUUUCUAUGCAUGAACCAAUGCAGGGUCAUAAAAUGCAUUUCCCGGUACAA